UUCAAUUCAUCCCUCCAACAUCAUUCAUCACGCAAAAAAAAACGUUAGCACCCACCCGUCGUGGUCAGCGAACCUGUGACCUGCGGACGUUCUUUGCACGCGAAACACAAGCCCAGUAGUUGCGACUCGUCUCGCAGUCGAGGUUCGUCGCUUACGGCGCGUAGAUAUCAUUAGUUAAGUGACUGCUCCGCGAAACCCAUUCAGUGUACGAGGGACAGGUGUUAGCCCAAGAGUGUGAUGAUAUCGGGAAUGAUUGCCCACAGUAAGAUGAGAUACGUUUGGUACUGUUUCGCGCUACUUGCGCUUGUGUUGUGUGGCACCUGCCGUGCUGUUACUCCUUCGGGAAAGGUAGACUUUUCCGAGGCGGAUGAUCUGAACGACGAAACCAACGGUGGUUUUGUGAGUGUGUACAAAAACUUCCCCAAGAUUCAGGUGACUGUAGACACGCAGAAGCUGAAGCGUGUGCCGCAGCCGGAAACGAAAAGUGAUGAGUCGAGCUCGGGCAGCUCCGGCAGCUCCGGUUCGGAGUCGGUCGAACGACCCUCCGUUGGAGUGCGAACGGAUAUAACGAUUGAAAUUUCGGAAGAGUCCGCAAACGAUACGCGCAUCAGUGGUGAUCGUGAUGGGAAAAAGGAUCGUAAUGGGCAGAGUGGCACGGGUGGUGGUGAUGCUGCCGGAAGUGGCAAAAAGGAUCGCAACGGAACGGGCAAAGGAACGCACGAUGAGGACGAUGACAAUGCGAGCAUCCCAGUGUUUAAGGGAAUGGCGGGAGUGUCCACCAAAAAGCCGAAACCUACGCCAACCCGUGGGUCGGUUCCACAUUCCGACAGCAGACCGAUCGUAACGUACAAUCAGCGACCGACGGUGAGCAGCUUUUACGGCCCGGGCAGUGACGAUCGCAACCGUAUCAGUGGAGAGUACGAUGGCUGGAAUGCGCACUACCCGUCGCACACGGUGACGGCCGUUUGGACCACCGAGCGACCGUACCUUCGCCGGGUGGACUACGACUAUCCAGGGCAACAUCGAUCGCCACCGUACUACAAGGGUUACGUGCCCUACAAUGUGGGCCACCGUCCCUCGCAGUCGGCGGAGCAACAUCCCCAUCAUCAUCACGCCGGCGACUGGAAACCGUGCUACUGUAGCAUCUACCAGCCGUGGGGUGCACGUGCGCCAUCCAAUCCCGUCCUGCCCGGCACGGGAACGUUGCACCCGACCGCUCACCCGCCACCGCGAAACGGCGUCGACAACAAAGUAGACAUCCCGGCCGUUCAUUCGCCACCGCCGGCACCGUCGCACCAGCAACACUAUCGAUCGAUCCACUCGUAGCGGAAUGCAUUUCGGGUUUUUGGUGGGAGAAGCCCAUCGAUCACCACCCAUCACCAUACCCCCUCCUUCCGUCCUGUCCUAAACUCACCCCACUAGUCUAUAAGAAAGCAGCAGCAGCAGUGCAUUUCCCGUUUCCAAAGCACGAGCUGGGAAAAGCAACCUCAAACAACUUGUUGUAUUUUUUUGUAAAUGAUCAAUAAAAGUUGACACACUUUUUUCUACCAUUAGAUUUCGUUUGGAGCAUUUUUCCCUCGUCGCUUCUAUUCCCUCUGUGUUUGAAUAGGGAUCGUCACAAACCAGCUCGGGUUGAUCUUCCCGCUGAUCGUUCCCGCAUUAUGUCACCUGUGCAUCCUCCCCGCUUUAGCCUGCUGAAUGCAGCACAGUUGGGUGAGACAACCCGGUUGCCUUCACAUCACCAACACAACUGUGUGGACUGUGGGAAGGGUUUUCUAAGCUACGGUAGACACGCUGACACACACAUAGACGGCGACCUGAUGCCGUAGCCGUUUGGCCCGACCUCCAAUAAAUUGAUAAGACAUCAGAGCGAGGUUCGAACGACGCAGAUGCAAAUCAUUCCGCGCUCGAUCACAUCACGGGAAGCAGCGAGUUGGUUAGGGCUUAAAUUUGAGUGUUUGAUUUUUUUGUAAAAAUGCAAACAAAGUCGUGUUUGACAAUUGUGUUGAUUGGUGCAGUAUUUGUGCUCGCUUUAGCUACUCCGUCAAGUGCAGCACCCGCCUCAACCGAUAUGGAUCAAAUGGAGGAAAUGGAAGUGCUUGGACUGGUUGGAUGUAAUCAUGCCGUCACCGUAACUGCGCUACCACUUCCCGGAUUCACUCCAACCUUUGACCAACGGCAGCGAUCGGAAGAAUCGAGCGAAAGUGGCAGUGCUUCGAAGGAAAGUCCAAGUGUGCAGGAGAUGCGAAAUGAUCAUCGAUGAAUAAAGUGUGUGGUUUAUUGUUAAAAAAAAAACUAGAUCUUACAACCCCCCUAAACCAUAAUAAGCCGUCUCGUUAGAUUGUUUUGCACUGGGGGACCCCCACCUACGACGGAACCGACGUAUUCCACCGAAUCUGUUAGACGAAGUUCCGGAGGAAUGAACCCGCUUCGUGCGUACUAUGGUGAAGAAAUAAACCAAUGUUAAAUGUUUAAGAUAAGACUGUAAAA